AUGAACCCUAAAAUAUCAGACUUUGGAAUGGCAAAGAUUAUAGAGAUAAAUCAAACCAAAGCAAAUACUAAUAGGGUUGUUGGCACAUACGGCUACAUAUUACCCGAGUAUGCAAGAUAUGACAAUUUCUCUAAGAAACUAGAUGUAUUUAGUUUCAAAGUGAUGUUGAUAGAGAUUGUAAGUGGAAAGAAGAAUGUUGCUUUUUAUAGCUUUGAACAUUCACCAACUCUUGCUGGAUGGGCAUGGGAGUGGUGGAAAGAAGGAAGAAGAAUGAAGGUGAUUGAUGAAUCAGUAAGGGAAACAUGCCAGUCGGAUGAAGCUUUAAGGUGGGGUCUUCGAACUAGGUUUCUUCAAACCAGCUUCAAAUUGUUGUUAUUGGAGAUUAUAAGUGGAAAGAAGAAUGCUACUUUUUAUCGCUUUCAAUAUUCAACAGCUCUUGCUGGAUGGGGAAUAGAAGAUGUUGUAAGGAUCCAACAGACUGUGAUUGACUGUUUCGAAAAGGCAAGUCUUCCUAGUGUAAGUGAAGAAGAGAAGAAACUUCUGAGUUUUGUAUGUGUUGGCGGCGGUCCAGCUGGUGUGAAGUUUGCUGCAGAGCUUCAUGACUUUGUAAAAGAGGAUUUAGCCAAAUUAUACCCUUCAGUUACAGGAUACAUAAAAAUUACUGUGAUCGAGGCAAGCGAUCAUAUUUUAAACAGGUAA